AUGUCGGAAGUUCGUAAAAGAAUAGUUAGUGAUACGGAAAGGCGGGAUGUCAGUGACGAUCAGAAGGAAGAUGUGGAAUCUGAAGACGAUGCGAAGUUGGAAGUCGAUGAUCUGGCUAAGACCUUGCCACAGGGAACAGAUCAUACACCUCACAUUUUGGACUCAGCUCUCUCUGGUUUAUCCGAUCGCUGGAGAAACUGGGUGAUCAGGAGUAUUUUUACCCUGUUUAUGAUCGCUGGCUUUUGUGGCAUUAUUUACAUCGGUCCAUUAGCAUUGAUGGCGACAACACUAGUUGUCCAAGUGAAAUGCUUUCAAGAGAUCAUUAACAUCGGCUAUGCAGUCUAUAGAAUCCACGGUUUACCAUGGUUCAGAUCUUUAUCAUGGUAUUUCCUAAUUACUUCCAAUUACUUCUUUUACGGAGAAAAUUUAAUGGACUACUUCGCUGUGGUGAUUAACAGAACAGAAUAUCUGCGCGUGCUUGUUACCUAUCAUCGUUUCAUUUCGUUUUGCUUGUACAUCGUUGGUUUUGUAUGGUUCGUAUUGUCUCUCGUGAAAAAAUAUUACAUGAAACAGUUUUCUCUAUUCGCUUGGACACACGUAGCUCUACUCAUCGUUGUCACACAGAGUUACCUGAUAAUUAAGAAUAUCUUCGAAGGCUUGAUAUGGUUCAUCGUUCCAGUUAGCAUGAUAGUGGUGAACGAUGUGAUGGCGUAUAUGUUCGGUUUCUUUUUCGGUAAAACGCCUUUGAUUAAAUUGUCACCGAAAAAGACUUGGGAAGGAUUCAUAGGCGGUGGUAUAUCAACGGUUAUACUCGGUUUGGUGAUAUCCUACGUGAUGUGUCAGUACCGCUACUUCGUUUGUCCGAUUGAAUAUAGUGAGGCUUUAGGACGAAUGACCAUGGAUUGCGAGCCGUCUUCGUUGUUCCAACUUCAGGAAUACACGUUGCCUAGUAGUUUACAAGUUAUAUGGAAAAUGUAUAGCGGAAAGUCGACGAUAACUUUUUAUCCAUUCUUACUUCAUUCGUUAUCAAUGUCAGUAUUCAGUUCCGUGAUCGGUCCGUUCGGAGGAUUUUUCGCUAGCGGUUUUAAGAGGGCAUUUAAAAUCAAGGACUUCGGUGAUAUUAUUCCUGGCCAUGGGGGAAUAAUGGACAGAUUCGAUUGCCAAUAUUUAAUGGCCACAUUUGUAAACGUCUAUAUAUCUUCGUUUAUUCAAACUGCGUCGCCUCAGAAACUUUUGCAACAGGUUUAUGGAUUGAAGCCGGAGCAGCAGUUGCAAUUGUUCCAGAGUCUAAGGGACUCGUUAGAACAUAAAGGUUUGUUGAAUUAACGUUCUAUUACUAAUGGUAAUCGGUAUUAGUAUAAGCGAAAUUGUUUUUAAAUAGCAAAAGGAACGUUCGAAGUGUCUCUAACGUUCGAAUAUCGUGCAAUGUAUGUUUAUGAAUUCAGCAUUAACGAUGUUAAUCGCAAUAGUAUACCGAAUGAAAUUAAAAGAAUCAAGUUCAUUUAUAAUUAAGAAACGUGCAACGCUUGCAGUUAUUUUGCAUUCCGCGUCGAACAGUCCAUUUUCUAAAGCGAAAACGGUACCUUUCUUUUUUAUUAAACUGUGAUGGUGAAGAGGAUAACGAUAGAAAUUUUAUUGUAUGUUUCUUUUUAUAUUAGUUAAACCAAAGAACGUCGAGUAUACUAUACGUUACAAAGAAACAAACUUCCAAUUUCGUACUAUAAAUACAUUUUUAAAUAGCUCGCUGAUAUUUCGAAUGUUUCUAAAAUAUCUUUUUAAUCAUUUUUCCUUUCUUCGAUAAGUCAUACACUUAUUGACGAAGAAGAUAAAUACGAAACACUUUUCUCAACUUUAGAUUAUACGAUACAUAUUUAAAUCGAUCAGAUCUCAAUAUAUUUUUAAAUCCUGAUUAUGCAUUUAAGAGCGGUAGUAAUAAAUACGAAUCUCGUACGUAAAAUUAA